CAGACCAUGGACGGUAACAAGGACGAGGCCCAGAGGUGCAUAGACUUCGCGGUGCAGGCUCUGGCCGAGGGUAAGAUCGAGAAAGCUGAGAAGUUCCUUCUAAAAGCGGAGAAACUCUAUCCCACUGAUAACGCAAAAAAGCUACUGGCACGGGUGAAGAGCGCCCCGAACAGCGGCAGCAAUGGCAAAACUCGUCCCACAGCCGCCAACGAUGAGAAGGAUAGCGGUCCCAGGAAGCGAGUGAACUCCGAUACGCGCCCCAAUGCCCCGGACUACACCAACGAACAGUUGGAAGCGGUGCGAAAGAUCAAAAAAUGUAAGGACUACUACGAGGUAUUGGGUGUGUCGAAGUCGGCCACUGACUCUGAGAUCAAAAAAGCCUACAAAAAGCUAGCUCUACAACUGCACCCCGACAAGAACAAGGCACCCGGGUCCGUGGAAGCCUUCAAGGCCCUGGGAAAUGCUGCUGGCGUCCUCACUGAUGCCGAGAAGCGAAAGAAUUACGAUCUGUACGGCAUCAAUGAGUCGCAUAGCGGUGGAAAUAGUGCAUCGAACCAUCAUGGACACAAUCAAUACUAUAACGAAUACGGAUAUUCACGCGGUUUCCAGGCUGACAUCAGUGCCGAGGAGCUCUUCAAUAUGUUCUUCAACGGCGGAUUCCCGCAACAAAAUGUUUACAUGCGACAACAGCGACGUCGUCAUCAAGCUCGGGAAGAUCGGGAUGGAAACAAUUCUUCGGCCUUGAUCAACUUGCUACCCAUCUUGCUGCUCAUUGGUCUUUCUAUGAUGUCGUCAUUCUUCAUAUCAGAUCCUAUGUACAGCCUGACGCCUUCACACAAAUAUUCGGUGAAACGUGAGACCAAUGGCCUUAAAAUUCCCUAUUAUGUGAAGGAUAAUUUCUAUUCCGAGUAUCAGGGCUCGGUGGCCCGGUUGGAAGAAUCUGUAGAAGAGGACUUUGUAAAUCAUCUAAAGCACUCUUGCACCCGUGAAAGGAAUUAUCGAGACUCGAUGCUGGCAAAGGCGCGUACCUUUGGUGAUCGGGACCUAUACAGAAAGGCGCAGAACAUCAAUACGCCGUCUUGCGAGAAUCUGCAAAAGUAUUUAAUCACAUAAUUUAGUUAAUUGCGCGUACACAAUGCUGAUACACGAAAGAAACAACUUCCUCCCUCACUUUUAAAUCUUUGCUUUAGUUGUUAUAAAUGAAUUUCUGUCUUAUUUGUUUUAUAAUUUAUAUGUCUAUUCAACUACCUUUCCUCUCUCCCACGCACCUGAACCCGCAAAAAAAAACAAUACGAAUCGCAUAGAGCUGCUAUGAGACUUAUCAAUGUUAACGAAUGGUAGCCACCGAUCGUUCGAUCGAUCGACCUAGAUGCAUAAUGAUUAUUAGAGCAAUCGGCAAUAUGUGAGAGCGAAGCAAACGCAACUGCCAAAAAAAGUCAUGUCUACAAGUUUAAGUGGGAGGCCGAGACGAAGGACUAUUGUUUUUUUCAUUUACAAAUCGGAUUACUAUAAAUUUUAAGAGGAUAUACAUAUAGAUCACAUUUACCCAUAUUCAUAGUAAAAUUGUCAACGGUUUUUCUUAAGGAAAUGAGCGCUUGGGCAGUGGCGAUACUUUGAAAUAAAUUGCAAGUUAUCAUUAUACUAAAUCAUAACAUAAA